GACCUAGGCCUAAGCUUAGACAUCAUUUGUAGCGGGAUAUCCUUUGUAGACGGUAGUACGGAAGCAGACGGUUUAAACGCGUGGCUGUUGCAAGUUUGUAGAGAAUGAGUGAGUCAGCAACUGGAAGAGCACGAGGGAGAGGAGGUCGUGGGAAGAAGUUGCCAACUGAACCACUUCCACCAGGCCAGUUAGCUCAACAAAGUGGCGGCAGUGGUGAUGCAGGCCCAGCGCUUCCUUCAAGAGGUAGAGCUCGAGGUGUGGCCAGAUUAGCUCAGCCCGAGCAGCAAGUUGGCAUUCAACAGAUAACACCAACACAGCCUUUAGCGACACCAAUGUCCCAUGCAGUGCCAGAAAGUAUUACAGGUGGCAGGGGUGUUCAGCGUGGUGGAGGACGUGAACGCCCACCAAUAGGAGAGAUGGCAAUGAUGAGUCUCGGCGAUAGACCUCGCAGAACUGCUUAUGACAAAUACGUAGAUGAUGAAUGGAGAUCAAAGGAUAAAGACUCAGUUGGUAAAAGUGGAGACAAAGUAAUGCUUUUGACUAAUUACUUCAACGUUGGAUUAGCUCUUGACACAAAAAUAUUUCAGUAUCAUGUGUCCUUCAAGCCUGAAGUAGAAAAUGUGAAGGUGAAAUUUGGACUGAUUGCAUCUUUGUCUGAAGUAGUUGGGGCAGUAAAGUGUUUUGAUGGUGGCAUUCUGUAUUUACAAAGGCUUCUUCCCAAAGAUCCAAUGGAGUGUGUUGCCACUCGUUCAUAUGAUAGUGCUCAAAUUACUGUUGAAUUCAAGUAUGUUUGCGAGGUCCACAGGAAUUCCCCUCAGUUCUUGCAAAUAGCCAAUCUUAUGUUUAAAAGAGUUCAGCUUGCUUUGGAGAUGAAACAAAUACGAGACCAUUAUUUCAAUCUCAAGCUAGCAAUUAAAAUUCCCAAACACAGAAUUGAGGUCAUGCCAGGAUUCUCUACAUCUAUCCUUAGUUAUGAUGGUGGUAAUUUGUUAGGGGUAGACAUUGUUCACAAAAUUCUGAGAUUUGACACUUUUUUGGAUUCCCUUUAUAUGCUGUUCCAAUCAUGCAAUAAGAAUUUGGAGGAGUUUCACAAGAGGGCUACCAAGGAAUUAGUGGGGUCAAUUGUCAUGACAAGGUAUAAUAAUAAGACAUACCGUGUUGAUGAUAUUAAUUGGAAUGCUCGUGCCACAGACACUUUCGAAAAGAAUGGUGAGCAAAUGAGCUACAUACAGUAUUAUAAAGAGCACUGGAACAUAGAGAUCAAGGAUAUAGACCAGCCCUUGCUGGUGACCAGACCAACAGAAAGAGAUGUGAGAAGGGGCCAAAAGACAAAUUUGUACCUAGUGCCAGAGUUGUGUACUAUCACUGGUCUGAGUGAACAGUUAAGAUCAGAUUUUAAUGUAAUGAAAGAUUUAGGCGUUCACACAAGAAUAGGACCUGGAGACAGACUUAAACAAAUUCAAAGGCUCUGUGAACAAAUCAACCAGUCUCCUAAAGUAGCAGAAAUUCUAAAGCCAUGGAAGAUUGAGAUCAGCGAUAAACCUGCUCAAAUCCCUGGAAGGCAAUUACCUGCUGAACAGUUGCUAAUGAAGACAAACAGGGGUGAAUACACUAAAAUUUCAUAUGAUAUUAAAGAAGCAGACUGGAGCAGAAAUAUGCGCAAUAUGUGUCUCCUCAACCCUGUCCACAUGGAACAGUGGCUUAUCAUCUUUCCACGUCAAGCUGCACAAUCAUCUUCAGAGCUGAGUGACUGUUUAUCAAGAGUUGGCAAAGGAAUGGGCAUGAGGAUUAUUAAUCCAACUGCGGUUGAGUUAAAUGAUGACAGAAAUGACUCUUACCUUCAAGCUAUCCGCCAGAAUCUCAACCAGAGGGUGCAGAUGGUAGUCUGUGUAGUUCCAAAUCAAAAGAAAGAUCGCUAUGAUGCCAUUAAAAAGUGUUGUUGUAUUGAUAAUCCAGUACCCAGUCAGGUAGUUGUCACCAGAACACUACAGAAGAAACAGGGCCUGAUGAGUGUUGCCACUAAAAUUGCAAUCCAGAUGAACUGCAAAAUGGGAGGUGAAGUGUGGGGUGCUGAGAUUCCGUUAAAAGGCUUGAUGGUGAUUGGCAUUGACACCUACCAUGACUCAGCACAUAAAAACCAAUCAGUUGGAGCUCUUGUGGCUUCUCUUAACAAAGAAUGCACUAGAUACUACAGUAAAACUGAGUAUCAUCCGACCAAAGAUGAGUUAAUGCGGAACUUACAACCACUUAUGAGAGGUGCACUCCAAAAAUAUCAUGAGGUAAAUGGAGCCCUGCCACAAAAGAUAAUUCUUUAUCGUGAUGGUGUUGGUGAUGGGCAGCUAAAAACUGUUUUCCACUCAGAGAAUGAACAAGUAAUAAGUGCUAUUAGAGACGCUGGCGGACAGGAUUACAAACCAGGGUUUGCUUUUGUGAUUGUGAAAAAACGCAUCAACACCAGAUUGUUUGCACCACAGGGCAACAAUUUAAACAAUCCUCCACCUGGAACCAUUGUUGACCAAUUUAUUACCAAACCUUCUUGGUAUGACUUUUUCAUUGUAAGUCAGUCAGUGAGACAAGGCACUGUGACACCCACAAGCUACAAUGUCAUAUUUGAUGAUACUGGACUCCAACCAGAUCACAUUCAGAGGCUCACCUAUAAAUUGUGUCAUCUUUAUUUCAACUGGCAGGGAACUAUCAGAGUACCUGCACCAUGCCAGUAUGCACAUAAAUUAGCAUUUUUGCAAGGACAGUCUUUACACAGAGAAUUUUCUGGCUAUCUUGCUGACAAGCUGUUUUAUUUGUAAAAAAAAAUGUUUUUAAUGAAUCAACUAACCCAUUAGACUUUGGGAUCAUUGUUUUUAUAUAAAUUUACAAGGUUCUUGUUUAUAACACUUUUUUGAGUAACAAUACUUUUGUUUUGGGACAAUACUUUUUUAAUGUACAUUUAAUGAAAAAGAAAACUAAAAUUAAUCCUCCAAUAACAAUGUCCAUAAUAAAGAUGAUAAGUUAUAAUUCAUAAGCAAUGUGCAUUUUGUUAAUUUUGAAUUUUGUUUUUAAAGCAAUUUUAAUUCAAUUACAAAUUUUUGUUUGUACUAAUACUAGGAGUUUUAGUUUAAGUCAUGUUAUGUGAAAUGUGGUACAAUCAGUGGAGGAAAAUUGUGAGAAAUAUGAGGCAUAAAAGUAAUGGGUGCCAUGAACCAUAUUUUUUUAUGGUAAGAAUGUGAAAUGUUGAAAAAAAUCAUUCAUUUUUUUCAUUUGCAUUGAAUGUAGAUUUGUAAAGAAACCAUUACUGGGAUAAGUAGCCAACAUGAGUAUUUGCACCAGUUAGUUUUUUAUUUUCAUCAUGCAAGAAAA